AUGCGGUAUAUCUUUCCCCGUCAAUUCGGCUUGCACAAUGUCUUCACCUCCAAGGUAGAUCCGCGUGAGACCGCCAUGCCGUUCAUGGAUUACACGCUGCGCGAGAAAGACAUACACAGUAGAAUGUGCCGGGAGUUGGGUAGCGAAGCUACCAAUGCUGAGAAGAUAGUCAAAUGGAAACAGCGAACGCCCAAGAGGCUCCGAGGUGACGCUGUCAGGUUGGUUGAGAAACUUCGAGUGCGGAACCAGCGGUGUUCGUACAUGGAAAUGCUUCGACAUUACGCUCCAAUCGAGGGGAUGCCUUUGUCAACGAAGCCAGAAUGGAGGAAGAGCGUUUUCCAGCCGGUCGUAAAGACAACUAAUUGUGAAAAGAAGAGUCAGUAUACGUCCGAAACUCGCACCGUUCAGCAAACAUGUUUCACAGAUCUUGCGUGUCCAGCGGCACACGUCUCAGCUUUUUGUCGUGCAGUCAUCUCUAAGGUCAUACCCGAAGGCUUCUGGGGUAACGAACACAACAAAAGCAAUCUCAUGUAUUGGGUAGACCAGUUCAUAGAGCUUCGAAGAUUUGAGUCGGUCAAUUUGCAUCAGGUCACACAGAAUAUACAGAUCACGAAAAUAGCGUGGCUGCGCCCACCCGGCCACAACGACGACACAAAAAUUUCCAAUUCCGACCUGAGCAAACGCACAGAGAUGUUUCUUGAGUUCGUCUACUGGCUCUUUGACUCUUUCCUCAUCCCUUUGGUUCGCACGAACUUCCAUGUAACCGAAUCCAAUGCACACCGGAACAGGCUUUUCUACUUCCGCCAUGAUGUCUGGCGACUAUUGGCAGAGCCUGCUCUGUUGGAGCUGCGUACGAACAUGUUUGAAGAAAUGCCGACAGAAAGCACAGAAAGACUGCUGUCUGCACGUCAGCUCGGCUUCAGUAACAUUCGUCUUCUUCCUAAGAGGCAAGGCUUCCGGACUAUCAUGAACCUGAAGAGAAGACAGCAAGUAAUGCGGUAUGGGACUACGAUGCUUGGUCGAAGUAUAAACGCGGUAAUGACACCGGCUUUUAAUGCGAUCACCUAUGAGAAAUCACUACGGCCCGAACAAUUUGGCUGCUCACUGUUCUCUGUCGGGGAUAUGUUUCCCAGGCUUGCAUCUUUUAAGGCUUCAUUGCGACAACGGGGACUUGGCAACACUCGGCUUUAUUUUGCCAAAGUUGACGUGCAGGCUUGCUUCGAUACCAUACCGCAGUCACGCUUACUGCGUAUGAUCGACAGUCUCAUGUCGAUCCAAGCUUACAAGACGGGCAAACAUGUGGAGAUAUCUCCUCUUCCCUCUCUACAACGCCUUGAUGGUAAACAUGUGGAUCCAAUGCCACUGAAAAAGUACAUUCCGCACACUGAUGCAGCAACGGAUAUAACGCCUUUCAAUCAACUGGUGCAAGAUAGGCUGGCAGGCAAAAAGGCCAACACUAUCUUUGUCAACACCGACUUACAACGGCAUGAGACUAAAGAUGAUUUGAUGCAGCUCCUGCAGGAGCACAUAGAGAGAAAUGUUGUCAAGAUCGGGAAGCGCUUCUAUCGCCAGAAGACGGGCAUACCCCAAGGGUCUGUUUUGUCGAGCAUCCUGUGCAACUUCUUCUAUGCUCAGUUAGAACGCGAUGUCCUCGGAUUCGCACUUGAUGACGACUCUUUGCUACUUCGUCUGCUUGAUGACUUUCUUCUGAUCAGUAUCAACGAAGAGUACGCGCGGCGCUUCGUACGUGUCAUGCACAAUGACCAUCCAGAAUACGGCGUAGUAAUCAAGCCUUCAAAGUCAUUGGCGAACUUUGACGUGAUGACAGAGGAGGGGACCCGGAUAUCAACAAGCGGCUCAGAUGGCAAAUUCCCGUACUGCGGCGUCUGCAUCGAUACAACGACGUUGGAGAUCAGCAAGAAGACAGAGCGCCCUACGAAGACCGGUGUUGAGGACUCUCUGACUGUAGAUCUGACCAAAAUGCCCGGCCAAACGUUCCAUCGCAAAGCUCUCAAGUAA